AUGAAAGGACCCCGUGGGGUCUAUGCUGGUCAGCAGAUUGAGGCCUUCCUGGACAACUUCUUCUUCUGCCCAUCUUGUACAACCUGGCGGACAACCAGGCCUUCACGAUGGACAGCUCCCUCAGCCGGCACCGGGAGCAGAAACAGCAGGCGUCGGCAUGCUUCAACGUCCACCACCACCCUGGUUUCUACUACUGCCGUGAACGCGACAAAGCCCGUCCCCGCGCGGUAUAAACCUCUCUACGAGUCGCUCCUCAAUGUACGAAAAAAAGCAGCCGCUCAGAUCAACCUCAGUCGACUACAGCUUGCCCUUCAAGGACUCGAGUCCGAAACCCCAGUGACCAGGGUGGCUAUUUUGGGACUGAACGUACAAGAUACCGCAAGCAGGGUGGUCAGAUUACUGCUUGCGGACGCAUUGGAAGACGAAGCGAGCUGGGAGAGGGAGUUGAUCAAGAGUGCCAAUAACACAGACUUCAGUCGAGGCGUGUUGAUACGUUAUGGACGAGCACCGAAUCCAAGUCUUCCUCGGCCGAAGAUGAGCAUCCCAGUACUGCACGUCCCAUCGAACGUACUCGAGAGAAACAAUAUGGAGAUACUCUUGUCAAGCAUCAGUGGACCCCGCAAUGGUGAGCUGUUGCAAGGAGCGCAAACAGUUACCUCAGAUGCAUUCCUGUCACCUUCAAUUGGAACUCCAACCGCCGCGAGUGGAAGACAGACGACUAUCAGCCAACCAGUACAUAGCUCUCUGCUGGUUACGAAAGACCUGGAUGGGCUCAUGUUGGCGGCAGAGUUAUUGGCGUCGACCAAUUUCACAGCUCGGGAAGACCGAGAAUCUGUGAGUUUGGUAGUUGACCUGAAAGGAUUCCAAGCAAAAAGCCAAUCCCAGGUCUUGGUCGUGGACGCAGCAAAAGCAGAGGAUGGCCUGGCAGCAAUCCGAAGAUCUGUAGGGGAAGCUACAGAAUACGAACACAAAUGGGUCGACUCAGGCAUGCCAACAUUGUCCAACUGGCUUUCACUGACUUCAGCUGCAAGAUCCGAAAGACCCAUUCCGGCACCUGUGAAGGCCUUGAUUUCUUCUCUACUGACAACUGCCAUGACCAACUUGCAACUUCAAGCUUCAUUAGAAGCUCAAUCGAACGCAGCUCGGCGAUUGAGCCCAGCAACAAAAGCCAACCUCGAGGAAGCCAUCGAGGGAUUUUCUCGUAACGCCCACCAGGAGCUCCAAUCUGGGCUCGCAUCAGCUUGGAGUUCCCACAACUGGCGCAAGUUGGCUUGGUACAAGCUGUUCUGGCGUGUGGAUGAUGUUGGUCUGAUCAUCACUGACCUUGUCUCAAAUGCCUGGCUUCCUCGCACUGAGCGCGCAGUCUAUGAAAUAUCUGGUAGGCUGUCUCAGGCGGGUAUCUCGCCAACAGACGCCUUGCCUCCACUGCCUCAGGAAGGAAAAUCGACAAUGGAGGCGGACCAAAAUAAACAGACAGAGCCCAACCCCGUACUGCAGGCGCAAGCUAGCAUUGCGACUGACCCUCCUAUGAGGACAGUCCUGAUAAAUCCCAAGGGAACCGCUGAAGUCGAGAUGGUCCCUGUCCCCCAACCUAUACCUUUGUCUUCAUCGAUCUCCAGUACCCGUUCUGAGCAAAUGCAACGGGCAAUUGCGGAUCUCACCAGCACUGCUCAACAGAUUGUGCUCAAAACCCUUUCAAUCACGGGUCUGACCGGCGGGCUCUCGGCUCUGACCUACCUUUCCAUCACACCUGGCAGCAUGUACGAAGCUGGUACGAUAGCAGCGCUGGGUACUGCUUACGCGUUGUGGCGUAUGCAAGGAGACUGGUUCAAGGCUACGAAGGCAUUGGAGCAUAACUUGUACGACGAAGGCAGGACUGUUAUUCAGAGGAUUGUGGGCAGGAUGGAGGAGCUAGUUGAUGCUGCCAAUCGAGUCGUGGAGGAUGAGGUCGAAUUGCAGAGUCGGAAAGAGGUUGAAGAUGCUGUGACGAGAGCCAAGGAAGAAUUAGAUCGACUUGAAAAAUGA